GUAAAUUUGAAACAUGGUAUGAAAGGAGUUCCUAUGGAAAUAUCAAGAGAAACAUGCACUGCUUGUGCAGGUAGUAUGAUAUUAGAAAUGGCCGCUUUAUCCCGAUUAACAGGUGAACCGAUUUUCGAGGAAAAAGCGCAGAAAGCUAUGGAUGUUUUGUGGCGUAUGAGACAUCGUGGUACAGACUUAAUGGGAUCUGUGUUGAAUGUUAAUUCUGGAGAUUGGGUACGAAGAGAUUCCGGUGUCGGUGCAGGCAUAGACUCUUAUUAUGAAUAUUGUCUUAAGGCAUAUAUUUUACUAGGUGAUGAGAAAUACUUGGGCCGUUUUAACAAGCAUUACCAAGCUGUGAUGAAGUAUGUCAGUCAAGGACCUAUGUUAUUGGAUGUACAUAUGCAUAGACCAAAUACCAACUCCAAAAAUUUCAUGGACGCUUUAUUGGCCUUUUGGCCAGGUCUGCAGGUUCUUAAAGGUGACAUUAAACCAGCCGUAGAAACGCAUGAAAUGCUAUACCAAGUUAUGCAGAGACAUAACUUUAUACCAGAAGCAUUCACUACCGAUUUUCAGGUGCAUUGGGGGCAUCAUCCACUCAGACCAGAAUUUUUAGAAUCGACCUACUUUUUGUAUCGAGCAACAGGUGACCAUUAUUAUUUGGGAGUCGGACGUAAGGUACUUAAAAGUCUGCAAAUGUAUGCAAGAGUGCCAUGCGGUUAUGCAGCUGUAUCAGAUGUUAGAACUAACAAACAUGAUGACACAAUGGAUAGCUUCGUUUUGUCCGAGACAUUUAAAUACUUAUUUUUAUUAUUCGCGGAACCAGGCGAAUUGGUUUUAGACUUGGACGAAUUUAUUUUUACUACUGAAGGUCAUUUAUUACCGCUUACACUCGCUUCCAUCAGGACAAAUAUUUCAUCUGAUUUUGAACGCGAUAUCGUGCAUGUGGAUGAAUUUGACCGUACUUGCCCAAAUAGUUUACAUUUAUUUCCGGCAUCAGUAAGGCAACCUUUGAGAAAUAUGGUCGAAGAUGUUUGCCCGAGACGAUCGAUCAAACGAAGAUUAAGUGCAUCACAAUUUCAGGCAAAUAAUUUGGAACAUUUGAAAAUGUUGAGUGAUAUGGGGAUAACAACUCUAACACUAGCCGAUGGACGGGUUCAACUUUUACACACAUUUUCUAAUGCAAAAACACCGCAAGAUUCAGAGGAAGGACUAUUGUUCAUGCAAGAAAUGGUCGAACUCACCAAGAUGCAAAUACAACCGGAAACUAAACCGCAAACAGUAACAUUCACAAAACCUAACACAGAUCCACCGGAAAAAAUUACGUUGCUAGCCGGACCGGCACAGUUUGGACCUGAAUUACAGAAUUUCGAUAAAAUCAUCGGAAAAGUAAUAUUUACAUAUCCACCUGCAGCUUGCACAGAUCUGCUGAACGCAGAUAGAUUGGCAGGCAAGAUAGUGAUCAUGGAUCGUGGAAAUUGCAUGUUCAUAGAAAAGGCGCGGAGAAUUCAACAAGCUGGUGCUAUUGCCGGAAUAGUAUUGGAUAAUGUUGCGGGUUCGAGUGCGGCAACUUCGCCCAUGUUUGCAAUGUCAGGCGAUGGAAAAGAGGUGGAUGACGUCACAAUACCUGUCGUGUUUCUCUUUUUCACAGAGGCAGCCGAACUGAUGAAAGCUAUUAACGCGGCAAAUGGCGAUCUUACUGUCACACUUGGGAUAUAUUCUUCUAAAGAAGAAAUUCAGCUUAAAGCUCCUACUGAUUUGUCAUUGUUUGAACGUUUGAAAGGAUCAUUAAAAUCAUUUCUCAGUCGACAGUCAACUCCCCAGGCAACAACUAUUGCAUCGAAUUUGGAUAUGAUUCCUAUAAUUGAAUCACAAGAAAAUCAGGAGGACGCUAUUGACUUUCAUUAUUUUCAUGCAGAAAUUGUCAAAGAUUCGCUUGGUGGUGAAGUCAGAAUUACUGCCGCAUCCGAAGCUACAAUUAUCGUCUUAAGACCAGUUUCUACACCGAUAGAGAUUUUGUGGCAUCAAUUAAAAGAAGUGUUCGUAAAUCAAAUAUUUCUCAAUACUAAACAGAACAAAGGUAUAAGAAUUAGAAGUUUUAUUUUGGAGAGCUAUUACAAUUGGAUUAAUAAAGCGCGUGGCGUGCUUACGAAAACAUCGUUAUCAUAUAAAGUGCGAUGGUUUUUAAGCGAGCUGCUGGUAGUCGCGCCAAACUCAUCUAUUAAAAAAAUGGGACAGCUACUAGAAUCAAACAAGCAGAAGCUAUUGAAACAGUAUUUACUUACUAAUAUGGACACUAUGGUGCUGAAUUUAAAAACUGUUGCUACAAAAUUGAAGAGUAUGAAAUCUGUAAGACCCGAAAUGGAACAGCUGCUAAAGAUUUCGGAGUCUGGCAUUGCACAAGUUGAAAAUUAUUCAUUUUUACGUCAUUUAUUAACUGAUUUGUUUGAUGAAGAAGAUGAUAUCGUUAAUCAACACGUCGCCCUUCUGGAUCGUAUUCACGCAGAAGUUCAUACUACAUAUCAAGAAAUAUUAAUUGAUGGAGUCCAAAGGCAUCUGGAGAAAUCGGGUGUAGAAGAUAGCUCAUAUUACGACAUAUUGAUUGCCGAUUUGCAAAAUAAUUUAAAAAAUAUAGAUAAACGAGAAAAUUUACUUGGGAAAACUAAAGAAAACAAUUUGGCAGUGGCGGAAUUUAUUAGUGACAGUAAUGGAGGUAAAUUAGAAUCGGAAGGAAAAAACAUUAAAAUUUUAAAGAAAAUUAAAGACUCCAGUACUGAAAAAUUAGAGGAUUUUGAGUAUUUCAUAUUAACAGAAAUAGAAAAAGCUGUGAAAUAUUCUGAGCAAAAUAUCUUACAAAAAUAUGAAGAUAUAAGCGAUAAAUCGAAAAAUAUUGUAGAAAAUAAAAAAGAUAAGAAUGUCGUCAAAUCCGGCGAAAUUACUCUGCACUCCUCUCAAAAUCAGAACAAAAGUGAGAAUAGAAAAAAUAAAGUUCAAAAUACCUUUCAGAAAGAGAUAGAUUUUUUACAAAUAACAAAGGUAGUGGAUGAAAAAUUCAAAGAAACAACUGAAGACAAAAUGAAAGAAAAAUCUUUUGCAGACACUACAUCGAGUGAUACUAAUAAAAUUCAUGUUUCUGAUACGUCUAUGGCUAUGGAUACCUCCAAUAUAAAGACAGAUUCGCCCAAUAAAAAACAUACUUUAUUACAAAAAGACAUUAAUGAUAUACAGCAUAAUCAUGAGACUGAUUUAAGAGCAAAGUCAUCCAAUCAGAAAAAUUCCGUUGAAAGUAAAAUUAUAUCCACUGAUUUAUUGGAAAAGUUUAAAAAUCCUAUGUGGAUUAUUAAUGAGGAAAAAAUACUUCAAAAGAAGUCACAAACUGUAGAUAGUAUCACAAAAUCCAAUGAAAUAAAAUAUGAUGAAGAAAAAUAUGUGAAUAAAGAUAAGGAAGCUAAACCAAAAUUGCGUACAGCUAAACAUAUCGAUAAUGAAUUAUAACAAUAGCUCUGAGAUUUAGACUAAAUUAUAAUUAUUAUGCAAAAACAGAAUUUUCGACGGCCUUUACUUCAUAAGGCUACUGCAUUACAACUGAUAUUUUUGCAUUGUGAUCUAGAUGUGCAUAUAGUCAAAUUGACAAAUGUGUGUAUAUGUAUAUAUAUAUAUAUAU